AUGUCUCACUCCAAGAGCGUGAUGUUGGCUUUACUCGCCUCGAUCCUCCUAUCUUUUUUAAUGACGAACACAUCAUUCCUUGUUCAUGCAACCUCAAGUGAAUGUGGACCAGGACCAUGUGUAUAUCCUGGUUCAGUGUCGGUGCUUCAUCAUCAUGGAAGACACACAAUCCAAGAAGAGGAAUCACUUCUCAGUGCUGAAUCUCAUGAACAUUCAUUGACCACUACUACCACUUCUGAAACUGCAGCAGUGAGAAGUUCUUUAUCCAAACAAGCCAAUGACUACAUUUCAUUGAGUGCCAAUAAGAGUUGUAGUUCCACGGGACCUACCAAUUUAAAGUUAGUGAAUCGUCAAGGUUUUAAAGGAAAGGAUAAGACCUCGUGUGUGGCCUGUCGUUUGGAUUGUUUGGGAACAGGAAGUGUGUUCUCCAAAUGUAAAAGUAGAUACUUCUAUUAUGGAUGCCGUAAAAAGAAUCCAUGUUAUGAUCCUUUGACUGCAACAAGAACAGUGAUUGAGACAGCUAUUGGAAUUUGUAUUGAUAAGAAUGGAUGCAUAUUGAAACCAACAGGAAUUAAGAAAGGAAAAGCAUUGUUAAACAAAGUCAUCAAGAAGAUAAGAAAGGCAGCUGACCUUGAUGAAGACAAUGAUGCAUAA